ACCAUGACAACAAACUCGAUCUCAAUAACAAAAAUUAGCGUCGCUACGUCAAGUUCAGGGAAUACCACUAUCCCUUGCCAACGUCCUAUGGAUGAAAAUAAGAAGUCACUGAAUGAUACAUGUACAAAAAAUUGCGAAUUGAGUAACAGUUCUGCAGAUAUCGCACUUGGAUCUCAAACAUCAGAUUACUAUCGAACAGAUAAAAGAUUGCCAUAUCGCUUUAACAAUCCCGAUAAGUUUGGGGGUUAUGAUGGCCCGAAAUUAAACCCACUGUAUAGAACAACCAAUUCAGAAUAUGGUAGGCUUAAACCAAACGUACAUACGAUGAAUGUUGUCUAUUACAACAAAAAUCAGGAAUUUUCCAAGGUAUUCCACAUAAAUUUUAUGCUGAUUUUUAGCGUUACAUGAAAGCUGGCAAUUACAGGAAUCACUCCUUGAAUACUGCAAUCGAUCAUAAAUAUUCAUAAUAUUAUGAAUGUAUAUGUUCAUAGUAAUUACUAUGCCAUUGAUUCAGAAUGUCAAGAUAAACCAUAAGAUGUGGACCAAUGUGUUGGGCUUAUUUCAGUUAUCAGCCCUUCGCGUGUAUUGUUACCUACGAAAAGUGUAUGUAUUCUACUCAAAAUACAAUUCACUUGUGAAUUCAUAAUUUAGAUGUUCUUAUUAGUCUUGUAGUUUAGCUAACUGGCUUAAGAUUCAAGGUUUAAAGCAAAGUAUGUGAAGUUACUGUAAGAAUACUGAAAGUUAUCCUACGACCUAGGUGGAAGAUUGAUACCUGCGUACUAAGAUUCACAUUUACCAAGACAAAAGUAGACAACAUUUAAUAAGGUCAUCGUUGACUGUAUGCAGAUUUGUACAAAAAUAUCGAGCAUACGUGUCAAACACUAAGGACAAAUUUUUUGACCAUCUCCUUAGGGGAAUGGAUAGUCGAAGGGGAAUUUUUCGUUGCUAUUGCUUGGUAGGUCUUAUAAACAUGGGUCACCAAACCGUACGUAUCGUAGGUAACAUUGUGUAACAUCCUACCAAGGCUCAGUGAAGACAUCUGAAUCCUUCUUUGUAAAGUUAAGAGUAUUUG